UCAGGUUAUGUUCAUAACAGUCAAAUACCUGAUUUAUUAGUGGUUGCUAUUUUUGGCCUGUCCGGUAAAGUCGCUACGUGUAUCUUCAUAAAAGAAACGGUUGAGAUUAUGACGUGUUGUGAGGAGCAGUUUGCCUAUGCAGUGAUUUCCGUCAUGUAUUUCGUGACUGACUGGAAAAGGCGGACAGUGAAGUUCAAACAUUCGCUAUACUGUAGAAUUGAAGCCAUGGACCAGGACCCAACAAUGUGGAUAAAAAAAGAGGAAACUGAUGAAGUAAAAACUGAGUUACACUCGAUGGCCGACAAAAUUUUCCAAUACUCAGUUUUGACAACCAGAGGCAACAUCUGCCCAGUGAGAGCUCGACAUUUGGAGGAUGGAUGCAAACAAGGCUCAGGUUUACCCAUCCAGCAUGAGGAGGGUGUGAAUAAAGAGUUUCUUGAAGACCCAUUAAAGACUGAAGGACCUAGUGUUUCGGUAAAGCAAGAUCCCGAACUGAAACAACAUGCUGAUGGAUCAGAGCAUAAUUCUGUUAAAGAUCCAUUUGGAAUAUCUUGGUCCACUGAUUUUAUCAAGGAGGAUCCUGAAUUGAAUUUGGAAAUUAAUGUCACUGAGGAUAUUGCUGGUGAACAAAGCUGAUGGUGGAAUGUACCUCUACAGUCCCAUGCAUAGGUCAGGCCCAUUCAGCACUGAGUAUAUACCCUGAUAACACCACCAGCUGUCUACUGUAGAUUUUGUCAGUCAAGCAACAUGUAAAAGUAUAAAGUUAU